UACACUUCAUCACAGAAGCGACCGGUACAGCAGCGGCAGCGGGCGGGUAUGGAGGGUGCGAAACAUGAUUCGCUACAGAAAUAAAUAACGGGACCGGGAAGAUAUUAUAUUGAUACCAAAGAGGAGGCAACAAAACACGGUGGAAAGAGGAAGCGGAUAUUUCAAGAGAGAAGAAGUUACAGCUAGCUGAAGUCAGUGCUGAUGUAUUUGUGGCCACGAAUACCUGCCGAAAAUAGUCCCGUACCACCUCGCCUGCCUGACGCCCGUUUCUGUGGUACGGAGUUGCUGCGUCUUCUGUCCCACACAGCCCUUAAGUCUGUGGAUUCACCUACAGAACAAAGCGACGUACUUUAUUGAGGCUCCUCUGUCCUGUGUGACCCCCUGACACAGAGAGGAUGGUGAUGGAGGAGGGGGGGCAGAGAGACAGAGGGAGAGGGACUCCAGCAACAGCAGGAGCAGAGGGGAGACAGAUCUUCAUGGAGCUUGGGGAGCAGAACUUUGAUGCCAUUUGUCUCUCUACAUAUCGAACAGCCUGCAAGCUCCGAUUCAUACAGAAGAGAUGCAACUUGCAUCUGAUCGACAUAUACAAUGUGAUUGAGGCGGUGCGGGACGCCGGUCUGAACGCUGUAGAGCUGAACGCCGGCAUCUCUGUGACCCGACUGGAGAACUUGGUGUCCUCCCUGUUCAACCAGCUCAGCAAGCGUCUGCCCACCACACACACCGUCAACCCGAGAGAGAGCACCGCCCUGUUAGUCGAAUUCUUACUGGCCGCCGUUGACAGUGAGCCUGACAGCCAUCUGACAGUGCUCUCUGUGAAGGCGAUGUUGGCCAUGCUGUGUGGAGGGAAACUGGUAGAUAAACUCCGCUAUGUGUUUUCUCAGGUAUCUGACUCAAGCGGCGUGUUGGUUCAAUCCAAGUUCGAUGGUUUUCUGAGGGAGGCUCUCAAGCUGCCCACCGCUGUACAUGAAGGACCGUCCUUUGGCUACACACACACCUUAGCACGCUCAUGCUUCCCACAACAGAAGAGAGUGAUGCUCAACAUGUUCCUGGACAUUGUAGCUGACUCUCCUCAGUGUCUUGUCUGGCUGCCUCUCAUGCACCGCCUGGCCAACGUGGAACAUGUCUAUCACCCUGUGUCGUGCUCCUACUGUCGUGGCAACGGUAUGACAGGCUUCCGCUAUCGCUGCCUCCGUUGCCGAGGUUACCAGCUCUGCCAGAACUGCUUCUGGCGUGGUAACGCCAGUGGCUCUCAUAGCAACCAGCAUCAGAUGAAGGAGCACUCAUCCUGGAAGUCAUCAGCGACGAAGCUUGGCCGAGCCCUGAGCAGGACUCUGGGCUGUGUGUCAUCCAGAGAGCCCUCUCAUCCAAUUUACCCAGAGGAACCUGAGAGGACCCUCAACCUCGCCAACAUAGUACCCUCUCGUCCUAUUGGGAACACCAGUCAGACCAUGUUGUCCUCAUCAGCGGCCGAGUCCUCCAAGAGUUUGGCAACUGCUCAGCGAAUGAACGAGGAACACGCUCUGAUUGCUGCGUAUGUGAAUCGCCUCCAGAGCAGCCCAUGUAGUGUGGACAGUCCCAGCAGACAAGAUGAAGAGCACAAACUGAUCGCCCGCUACACCUCCAGACUGGCAGAGACUGAAGGCACAGGAGUGAUACCUAACCGGAGCAUCAACUUUGAUGUGAACAAACAGAAGAGGGAGCUCAUUGCUCAGCUGGAGUGCAAAAACAGAGAGAUCUUGGCAGAGAUCAAGCGUCUUCGUGCAGAGCAUGACGCAGCGUGCCAUGCCAGCCCGGAGAAGGGCAGCACCAACCCAACUUUGCUGGCUGAGCUUCGUCUGCUCAGACAAAGGAAAGAUGAGCUGGAGCAGAGGAUGUCGUCUCUGCAAGAGAGCAGGAGGGAGCUAAUGGUACAGCUAGAGGGACUGAUGAAGCUGCUGAAGGAUGAGGAACAGCGACAGGCAGCACAGGCAGCUGGUUCUUCUCACGCCUCUCCUUCUCGACCGAGCCCAUCAACGGUCCGCUCUGUAGGUGCUGCGUCUCCCCAGGCUCACAUGUACCCUCCUCAAGAUUCACUGGCUGGGGUGGGUGGUGAUGUACAAGAAGCAUUCGCCCAAGGCCCAAGAAGAAACUUGAGGAAUGACCUUCUGGUAGCAGCUGACUCCAUCACCAACACUGUGUCCUCACUGGUCAAAGAGCUGCACUCUGAUGAUGUUCGGGAGGAAGAGGAGAGAUUGCUGAACGGGAAGGGCAGAGCAGGUUAAAAUGACUGCAGGACAAACAAAAACAGCAGAGUGAUGUUUCAUCACGGCCAAAGAAGACUGACCUUGAUGGGAUUAAAAUAUAUCUUCUCAUAUUCAUCGUUAGCCAACGGGGAUUAGAGCUCCACUGCCAAUCAACCAACAAUCACGAUGCUGGACACCAAAUGACCGCUGGGUCCCUACUGAUGUAUAGCUGUGAUUCUGUGUGUGUGUCUUGUCACUGUGGUUUUACUUUUGUUUUGAUUUGAUCAUGCAUAGCUUAACGAGGAAUCCGAAACCUACUGAUUUGUACUGUAGCGCGUGUGCGUGUGUGUGUGCUCUGCAUUUUCAAGGGUUCGAGAGGGUCGAGUAAGUGAGAGGGACGCCGUGAAGAGACAGAAAGAUGCAUUUAGGAUAUUUGUGAAGGAUAAAAGUGCAGGAGAGUUUCAGGAUGGAGAUACGGGAUGUAACCACAUCGGAGAGAGAGAGAAAGAGGAGGAAAAACAAAGGAAAGUUAAAAAGACGAGAAGCGAGUUGUAACGUUUAAAGUUUCGGCACUGUGUGCUUACUAUUUAUUGCUUUGAUUUGAUUUGAUUUUUUCCAUUUAUUCAUGCAGUUUGAGUGAGUUUGAGUUUGGUGUAUGUGAGUGUGGUCAGGCCCUGCUGAGACGAUAAGCUUUAAUGGGACAUUUCCUGCUGUAACAGGCCCGGCCCGGCCCUCCCCUUUCGGCUGUAGCGAUGCGGGGUGGAAGCCCCAGUCCUGGUCCUGGUGUCUGAAACUUGGAUGAGAUUAGUGCCAUGGGUGCUGGUGUGAUAGCAGCUCAGGUUGUCCAGGCCUCUCUGUGUAUCUCGGUACUGCAGUGGGACUCCAGUCAAAGAGGAGAUAUCUGAUUACUGUGUGUGUGUGUGUGUGUGUGUGUGUGUUUGAGGGGGAGAAUAUAAAACCAUUUGCUUUCAACAGGGUCAGUGAAGCAACAGAGUAGCAAAGUGGGUGGAGAAGUGGGCUCUGGAGGUAUUUAUCUGUCUUUUAAAGGGUCAGUUUACCCAAAUUACAAAGUGUUUCUCACUUAACUCUGUAGUGAAGUGUUUCCCAACCUGAGUGUCUCAAGAUAAAUCUGAGUGUCCCAAGAUAAAUCUGAGGGUCACAAGAUGAUCGAAGGAACGAGGAAGAAAAAAUACACAAAAUUAUGUUCAUUUUCACUCAAUUCUCCCUACUUUUUUUGAAUUGCUGACAACACAUGUUCACAUUAAUUUUUUGUGUGAUCAGUUAUUUAUUGCAUUUUGAUAUAACAACAUACAUAUCAAGAAAUCAUGUUUAUUUUUCAACAACAGAAGAAAGAAAAAGGGCAGCAAUAAUUAGUCAGAAUGCUUAAGAUGCAAUCCAAGACACAACUUCAGUUUCAGUAAAUGUGCUUGAAGUGCUUCAUUUUAAAAAGUCCUGACUCAGACAGUUUGAUAAUCACUGCUCCAGGGGUACCAAGCCGUGCAGAUGGUUUCGGCUUGUCCAUGUUUGAGAUAUCUGUCUCUUUAAGGUAUUUUCCCUCCACACAUACACAGUUUUUACUGGAGCUUCCUUAUAUUGCAGAAAUACUGUAGUCUCCAGCUCUUGUUUUUUCACUUUGUUCAACUUUUGUCUCCUGAAUAAUUGAACCACAUUAUGUUAGGAUGUUUAUUUCUGCCAGUAUUGUCUAAAUACUACAAUACCCACGAGCCUCUGCAGCUAUUACUAUGGAUCAAAAGUCAGCCAGAGCUGCAAAGCUGAGCUGUAGAAAAUAUUCAAGAACAAAACAGUCGUUAAAAAUUGACGCAGAAUUGAACAGAAUUUUAACCUCUGUGAUUCUUACUGCAGUGCUUCUUGGGAGUUGUAGUUGACUGUUCUCCUUUAAGUUUUUACAUACACAGUCUCAUAACCGAGGAUUUAGCCAGUUUCAUGCUAACCCCAAGACUUUAAGGUGCUCCAGCUGCCAGGUACUAAUCACACUUUGCUACUCAAUGAUGCCUUUUAAGCUUUCUGUAAAAUGCAGUGCAUUGUGGGUGAUGAUGUUCUCUGUGGGUGUGGAACUACACAAGGCACCCCAAAAACCUUCAGAGUGAUACCUGUAUGCAAAUCGAACAUGACCCAAAGUGACUUACUGAGCUUGUGUCAGGUCAGAUUGAUUUAUUUUCAUAUUUUAAUUUCAGUAGAUAAUAUUAUCAAAAAUAUGUUUUUCAACACCUUUUUUUUUUCGGUUUGUGCUCCGAAGACGCUGUUAACUGUAUUGUAUAUUUUUGGAUCAGUUUGUUUUGUCUAUGAGACAUCACCAGCCCUCCAUGUUGUUUGACUGACCGCUUGUGACUGAGAUCAUCUCAUUUUCAGUCUGCUGCGCCAUUAACUGACCGUAUGAGUGUUGGAAUAAAUGAAUGUGUGUCAGUGCGUAUGUGUGAAAGGGACAGUGAGAGAAAUCACUGACAGGACUGACAUGUCCUGACAUGAAACUGUAAACACCUUCAGCUCUGAGCCUGCUGGAGCUGACGGCGUGAGUGAAACGUGUUCAUCUGUGUUUCAUCUGAAAUAAAUAAUAUUUAACGUCUGA